AUGAUACCAAUAGAACUGUCUGAACGACUGAGUGAAAUAGUUGCUAAUUCUAAAGUGCUAAGACAACACACCAAUGCAAAAAGCGAUAAAAAUGAAGACAGUUAUACUUAUGAUCAAAGUUCAGACUAUGAACAUGUCAAAACUGUUAGUAAAGACAGAAAUAACAAAGUUUCAUUCAAUAAAAAUAGGAGAACCAUUAACGAACCAGAUGGUCCUGAAAAUCAAAAUAUUAACGUAGAUCAAUUAGCACAAGAAAUUAAAGAAAGAGUUAUUAAAGAAUUACUCAGUAAGUUUUUGCGAUUAAAACUAGCAAAAAAGUUAAGUGAUGAGAAUCGAAAAAUUAAGAGAGUUGGUAAAAGGCAAAAACACUUGCGAGAAAGAAAAGCUACAACAAAACCUUCAAACAUCCAACACAGUAUCAAACAUAUAACAAUAAGAAAACAAAAAUCAACAACUAUAACAACCAACUAUGGCAGAUGGUAUGUUACCCCAAGUCAGUUGAAUACUGACGCAGAUUUAAUAGUUGAAGAAAUCCCUAUAAUCGAAGAAACUGAUCUUAGACCGAAGGCUAACGAUAGCUAUGAGUAUUAUGUUGCCCCAGAAAAAGAAGACAAUGUCUUCACGAGUAUCGAAAACAACGCCGAUAUAGAAAUAGAAAGCAAUCGUGGUAAGCUAGCAACACAAAAAUAUGAAACACAUCAAAAGCAAGUAGAGAAAUAUUACAGCGAAAAGAGUAAAGAAUCAGAUGAAAACAAAAAAAAUCCUGAAAAUAUACGGUUUGAUGAUAAAGAAGAGGUCCAAGAUACGGACAGCGUGGAAACUAAAGCUCAAGAACCACAUCAAGUAGAACAGAACACGGUGAAGCCAAUCAGGCAGCAUUUUCGUUGGACUUCUCCAAAUUACUACGCAAGCUUACCAACUAUAGCCGAACAGUAUAAUUUUGAUGAGCCACUUCCAGAUAAAGACAGAAAUUGGAAAAAUAUUUAA